UUUAACCGAAAUUCAGGGGCUUUGUCAUCUUUAUGUUUACGGCACACCAACAAUAGCAAAACAUCGACGAAGCUUCGUACCCAAUUACGCAUUUAAAUCCUUCAAAAUCCCCAAAUUCGUCUCCAAGAUCGUCCUCCGAUCAAUCUCCGUCGCCGGUCCGAUCCCGAUCCACGCAUUCACCUUAAUCUCUCGAAUAUUUCACGAUCUUAGCAGAAAGACUCUCAAUUUUUUUAAGAAUCAAUUCUAACAAUCAUUAAUCAUCCGAAUCUGGGAAAUCGAAUUCUUCAAUUUGUAGAUUUGUUCAGGUCGGUCGGAGAAGAAAAUCGGGAACAAUGAGCGAGGUUUUCGAGGGCUACGAGGGACAGUACUGCGAGAUUUCCGCCAAUCUCUCGCGGAAAUGCACCGCAGCUAGCGCUCUCAAUGGAGAGCAGAGAAAGCAGAGGAUUUCGGAGAUCAAAUCCGGAUUAGAUGAUGCCGAUAAUUUGAUUAAGAAAAUGGAUCUUGAAGCGAGGAGUUUGCAGCCGAGUUUGAAGGCGAGGCUUCUCGCGAAGCUUAGAGAAUACAAAGCCGACUUGGACAAUUUUAAAUCCGAAGUCAAGCGAAUCUCAUUGCCAAAUGCUAAUCUGACGGCCCGGGACGAGCUGUUCGAGUCAGGAAUGGCUGAAGGAGUAUCGGCAUCUGGUAAUCAAAGAGAUAGAUUGAUGAUGUCAACGGAGAGAUUAAAUCAGUCUAGUGAUAGAAUCAAGGAGAGUAGAAGAACAAUGCUGGAAACGGAAGAACUUGGUGUGUCAAUCCUCCAUGAUUUGCACCAACAACGCCAAUCUCUACUUCAUGCUCACAAAACACUUCAUGGGGUAGAUGACAAUAUCAUCAAGAGCAAGAAGGUCCUGACAGCCAUGUCAAGGAGGAUGAGCAGGAACAAGUGGAUUAUUGGCUCUAUAAUUGCUGCUCUUGUCCUUGCAAUUCUUUUUAUCAUUUACUUCAAGCUUACACACUAGUUAGUAGUCAGUGAUCUUCUCCUUGGAAAUGAUUUUUUCCUUGUCUCGACUUUUUCUAUUCUCUGAUUGGUCUAUAUUUUGUACUUCGCCAUUUUUUGCUGAUUUUUUUUUUCUUUUGGCUGAAUGCCAGUUGAGUGUGAGAUAGUUCCCAAUUUAUUUCUUUUUUCUCUGUGGUUCUGUUUGAGCUAUAUUGGCAUUUGGCAAGAGAGACCCUACUUA